AUGGUCUUGCCGACAACAUCGAUGCUGGCACCGCACUGUCCAUCGAACUCGCAACGGCGCCACCAAUCUGCUGCUGGCGCCUCAAUUAGAAAUGAAUUGCUUUCAUCUGCGAAUCCGACUGGGUCCGGAUUUUCUGCACAGCCCUCCGCAGUCGGUUUGCAGACGAACAGUCUGCUGGGUCAUGCAGGUGCCGAUCAAAUGAUGGCACCGGCAAAAAGGAAACCAGCAUUAAAUGCUUAUGGCGAUUCUGAAUCGGAUAGCGAUGACGAAGAUUUGGGCCACGAAGGUGGCCUUGGUCCAGAUGAUUACGAUAAUGAUGACGAUGAAGUCGAUGAUGAUUGCUUGGAUAUUGACGAUCGAGCUGGUGGAGUCGGUGGUGUAGGCAUCACAAACUCUGGCGGCUCCUUAGAUCUGUACAGACUUCGUCAAGUUAGCAAGGCCAAAUGA